AAUUUAUUGGUAACGAAAAUUGAAAACAGUCGAAAAGCCAAUCACCAUUAGUUUAUUUCUCUUAUCGUUUAUGUAAACUGUAAACGUUAUCGGAAUUGAGAAAAAAACGUCAAAUAAAAAUGUCAUAAAUCAAAAACAUAAACAUGUUUUUUGAGAGUAACUAGAAUCGAUUUUGCGAAAGUAAAGUGAACUUUAAGUAUUAUUUAAAGCUUGAAUAUCAUUGAAAAAAUCUAAACAUGUUUUGAUGUUAUUUUUGUUUAAUUAUACAAUUCCGGUUGUAUAUAGACUAUAUGACGAAAUAAUGGGUAGAAAAACCCAUUAUUUCGUCUGUUGUUUCUGAUCAACAUAUUUAAAUAAUAUAGACAUGACUUCUCAAGAAGUAGACGAGGAACACACGCAGCCUAUUAUAAAACAAGAAGAUGAAGAAAUGUCAGAAAAAUCGAUGCAAGACAUGAAGCCGCCUUUGCUCACCAAAGUUCCGAAAAGCAGUAAAGCAUUAAGAAAAAGAAAUAAAAAAAACAACCCUCUCACAUGUAAAAUCUGUAAGAAAACAUUCAAAACCAACCAACCACUGCGAUAUCACAUCAGGCAAAUGUAUUUCAAUCUAAAAGCGAAAACAUUGAUAUACGAAAUGAAGAAAGUCAAACAAGUAUGGGUAGAGAAAGUAUUAAACUCCAAUGAACUAUUAGAAAUAACUAAAGUAGGUCCAAAUGUAUUGAGAAUGAAGAAAACUGAACCAAAUGCUGUUAUCGAACCUGAUAAUGUUAAAGAGAUUGAUUUGUCAUAUUUGUAUGUGACAUAUCAAAGAUAUAAAUGUAAAAAUUGUCCAGUCUGCGAUGAUAAAGUACCAAAAAUUAAAUAUACAGAACAUCUUGCAUCACAUGAGACAUCUUAACACCUUAAGCGCCAUCUAAAUUUUUUUGUCACACAGUCUAGAAAACUGUAUGUAGACUGGGAGGUAUGAAUUUCAAAUGAACUAGUUCUCAAGCCACAUGUAUCUAAAUAUCACACAUAUAAAAAUCCAAGGCCAAAUGGGGGUGAAAAUCAGUAUAUGAUAUAUUCAUCAUCAUCUCCUUAUCCUACUCCCGUAGGGUGGCGCAACAGGUUUUUGUCCUCCACAUAACUCUAUCAU